AUGGUUCACGCCUAUGUGACCUCCAAGACCGGAUUGCAGUCCUCCAACUUCAAUUACGCAAACGUCACCGACGAGGGCCUCGUGGAGAACAUCGUCACCACGUACUCUGACGAUUCCGGCAAUACUACAACUAUCUGGAGGGACUACGUCAACUCCAACUUCCCCAUCUUCGAAGAAACGUUUCUUGUGGAUUCUGGUGCCGUGUACGCCGGGCUAGUCAAGCGUCGGAUCGUCGAGGGUCUUGUAGCAGCUUGGGACAUCAUGUAUCAAGGAGUGAUUCCUGUAACGAUAUACGUUGACAACUGCAAUGUUAUCGUGGGCUACGACUACUUUUCUCCUGGGCGUCGCACCAGGGUGAUCACUGAGUACUUCAACAUUCAGAUCAAGUGA